CUGAUCACCAUCUGGCUCAAAUCCCACACGCAAUAUCAAUCGCCACAUCAUGCCAGAGCCCUCGUUUCCCCUCUCAACUCGUAACCACUUCGUUCCGAGCCCCGAAGAGUUCGGAGAACUGAGCUCGCUAGGGAUGCACAAGGAAGAGGAAAUUACUCGGCUCGACAACGCGAUUUCGCAUUUCCAAACGGAACUUGCGCAGUUACGAGCACGCAAAGCUGUCGGGAGACGGCCCGUCGUCGUGGCACACUCCCUCGCACAGUUGGAGGCGACUAGGACGGCACUCGCUCGUCAAGUGCGUACAUACCAGACGAUCCUCGCUCCAAUUCGAAGAUUGCCACCGGAGCUGUUGGAAUGUAUAUUCUCUUUCGUCCACAGCGCGGCAUUAUCUGAGACACUGGCCUCUGCGCUUAAGGCGUCCAUUCGAAUAUCCCAGACAUGUGCUCUGUGGCGUUCGAUUGCCUUUGGGCUUCCGAUCUUGUGGUCAGCCAUCCACCUACGAUUCAACAACGUGCCCGGAACCUCCAGGACACGCGCUCAGAGCUUCAGUCUAAUCCUAGGAAGAUGCACACACCGACCUCUUUCAAUUUCCAUACAUGCGAUGUCUCGCUUCGAAACUGUAUACCUCCCACCCCAAAUGCCCGAGACGCUUCUCCGUAUCAAGCACCGGUGGCGUACGCUCGAUCUCGCGAUAUCUUCAAAUUAUUUCGAGAUGCUGUUGACCGCUUUCGAGGAUCAGCUACCCGAACUGCGCCAUCUGAAGCUCAAUCUAUGGUGGACCAACUUUCAACGCCGUGCCGUGAAUAAUGAUUCGUUGGACAUCGCAAAGUUAUUGCGCGCGACACCUGGGCUGGCUUCCCUUGAGCUGCGCAAUAUUCCGCUGGUGUACACGGCAGACAGGCCGAGCUUCCGUCCAGAGCAGCACCCGCUAGAAUCACUUGUCCUGGAUCUCGUAUACUCGCAGGAAGUAUCCUGGCUUGAUACUGUGCGCCGCACGCCCCGCCUUAAGCGCAUGGAAUUGCUCAACAUACCCUUCACCUAUGAGGUACCUUCCGAUGGACCCAUCCUUCUAUCAGACCUUGCGUCUUUGGAGAUCACCACGGAGCAUAUUGCCGAGACCGUUCUGCUCGGAUUGACAGCACCUCGCCUGGCCCAUCUUGCUAUUGGAUCCCCGAUCCCAUACGAGAAUAGGCAACUAUUCACCGGCGAGGUAUUCUCUUCCUUCAUGAGCCGGUCAUCCUGCAACCUUCGGUCGCUUUCCCUUCGUAACCUUCGUCUUUUCGGCCGCGAUCUGGCCAGCACCCUCGUUCACCUUGCCCCUUUGGAAGAGCUCGAGAUCGUCUCCUUGUCCCCCUAUCAGUCCGUCAUCGACCCCGAGCUGACCAACCUCUGGGACAUGACUCUUCCAAACCUCCGUCACCUCCGGCUCACCGUGGAAAUGAAUGAUGAUCCCAGAUGGGUGCACACGCUGCGAGGGACACUCCUAUCGCGAACCCCUGGAUUCCGCCCUCCAUUUGCAGACGGCAAGGCGUUCGAGCGCGUAGACCUAGCUUUCUGUGGUGGUGAGCGUCCCGAUGCCGAGUUGCGGGAUAUUUUUGACUUAUGGGAGGCGGGGGACGUGUCGUAUUCAUUCUCUUAUACAUUGGAUAAUCAGGAACCGCAGCCGUCGCCGUAG